CACACACACACACACACUCUCUCUCUCUCCCCCUCUCCCUCUCUCUCCCUCUCUCUCUCUCUCUCUCCCCCCCCUCUCUCUACCACAAUGGCUUCAUCUAUCCCUGAAGAGGCCAUUGAUGACACCGAGUUCCACGAGGAGCACAAUGGCCACCACCAGGACUCGGUUCAUCGCCGUCUGCGCGCAAACUCCACCAUCAUGCAAUUCCAGAAGAUCCUCGUCGCCAAUCGCGGCGAGAUCCCCAUCCGUAUCUUCCGUACCGCCCACGAACUCUCCCUCCAGACCGUCGCCGUCUACUCCCACGAAGACCGGCUGUCCAUGCACCGACAGAAGGCCGACGAGGCCUAUAUGAUCGGCCACCGUGGCCAAUAUACCCCCGUCGGGGCCUACCUGGCGGGCGACGAGAUCAUCCGCAUCGCCCAGCAGCACGGCGUCCACCUCAUCCACCCGGGCUAUGGCUUCCUGUCCGAGAACGCCGAGUUCGCUCGCAACGUCGAAAAGGCCGGCAUCGUCUUCGUCGGUCCCACCCCGGACACCAUCGAUGCUCUCGGUGACAAGGUCUCCGCUCGCCAGCUGGCCAUCAAGUGCAACGUCCCCGUCGUCCCGGGAACCCCGGGCCCCGUCGAGCGCUACGAGGAGGUCAAGGCCUUCACCGAUGAGUAUGGCUUCCCCAUCAUCAUCAAGGCCGCCUUUGGCGGUGGUGGCCGUGGCAUGCGUGUCGUCCGUGACCAGGCCGAACUGCGUGAUGCCUUUGAGCGUGCCACCUCCGAGGCUCGCUCUGCCUUUGGCAACGGCACCGUCUUUGUCGAGCGCUUCCUCGACCGCCCCAAGCACAUCGAGGUCCAGCUGCUGGGCGACAAUCACGGCAACGUCGUCCACCUCUACGAGCGCGACUGCUCCGUCCAGCGCCGCCACCAGAAGGUCGUCGAGAUCGCCCCGGCCAAGGACCUGCCCGUCGACGUCCGCGACCGCAUCCUCGCCGACGCCGUCCGCCUGGCCCGCUCCGUCAACUACCGCAACGCCGGCACCGCCGAGUUCCUCGUCGACCAGCAGAACCGCUACUACUUCAUCGAGAUCAACCCCCGGAUCCAGGUCGAGCACACCAUCACCGAGGAGAUCACGGGAAUCGACAUCGUCGCCGCCCAGAUCCAGAUCGCCGCCGGCGCCACCCUCGAGCAGCUCGGCCUCACCCAGGACCGCAUCUCCACCCGCGGCUUCGCCAUCCAGUGCCGCAUCACCACCGAGGACCCCGCCAAGGGCUUCUCCCCGGACACCGGCAAGAUCGAGGUCUACCGGUCCGCCGGUGGCAACGGCGUGCGUCUCGACGGCGGUAACGGCUUCGCCGGCGCCAUCAUCACCCCGCACUACGACUCCAUGCUGGUCAAGUGCAGCUGCCGCGGCUCCACCUACGAGAUCGUCCGCCGCAAGAUGCUGCGUGCCCUCGUCGAGUUCCGCAUCCGCGGCGUCAAGACCAACAUCCCCUUCCUCGCCUCCCUGCUCUCCCACCCCACUUUCAUCGACGGCACCUGCUGGACCACCUUCAUCGACGAUACCCCGGAGCUGUUCGCCCUGAUCGGCAGCCAGAACCGGGCCCAGAAGCUGCUCGCCUACCUCGGUGACGUCGCCGUCAACGGCAGCAGCAUCAAGGGUCAGGUCGGCGAGCCCAAGUUCAAGGGCGAGAUCAUCAAACCCAUCCUCACCGACUCCGCCACGGGCAAACCCCUCGACGUCUCCACCCCGUGCACCACGGGAUGGAAGCAGAUCAUCGACCGCGAGGGUCCCGUCGCCUUUGCCCGCGCCGUCCGCGCCAACAAGGGCUGCCUCAUCAUGGAUACCACCUGGCGCGACGCCCACCAGUCCCUGCUGGCCACCCGGGUACGCACCAUCGACAUGGUCAACAUCGGCCACGAGACCAGCUACGCCCUCAGCAACGCCUACAGUCUGGAGUGCUGGGGUGGCGCCACCUUUGACGUCGCCAUGCGCUUCCUCUACGAGGACCCCUGGGACCGUCUGCGCAAGCUGCGCAAGGCCGUGCCCAACAUCCCCUUCCAGAUGCUGCUGCGCGGCGCCAACGGGGUCGCCUACUCCUCCCUGCCCGACAACGCCAUCUACCACUUCUGCAAGCAGGCCAAACGCUACGGUGUCGACAUCUUCCGCGUCUUCGACGCCCUCAACGACGUCGACCAGCUCGAGGUCGGCAUCAAGGCCGUCCAGGCCGCCGGCGGUGUCGUCGAGGCCACCAUCUGCUACAGCGGUGACAUGCUCAACCCCAAGAAGAAGUACAACCUCGCCUACUACCUGUCGCUGGUCGAGAAGGUCGUCGCCCUCGGCACCCACGUCCUGGGCAUCAAGGAUAUGGCCGGUGUGCUCAAGCCCCAGGCCGCCCGCCUGCUCAUCGGCGCCAUCCGCGAACGCUACCCGGACCUGCCCAUCCACGUGCACACCCACGACUCGGCAGGCACGGGUGUGGCCUCCAUGAUCGCCUGCGCCCAGGCGGGCGCCGACGCCGUCGACGCCGCCACCGACAGUCUGUCGGGCAUGACCUCGCAGCCCAGCAUCGGCGCCAUCCUGGCCUCGCUCCAGGGCACCGAGUACGACCCCAAGCUGGACCUCGCCCACGUCCGCGCCCUCGACGCCUACUGGGCCCAGCUGCGCCUGCUGUACUCGCCCUUCGAGGCCGGCCUCACCGGCCCGGACCCGGAGGUCUACGAGCACGAGAUCCCCGGCGGCCAGCUGACCAACCUGAUCUUCCAGGCCCACCAGCUGGGUCUGGGCAAGCAGUGGGCCGAGACCAAGAAGGCCUACGAGGCCGCCAACGACCUGCUAGGCGACAUCGUCAAGGUCACCCCGACCUCCAAGGUGGUCGGCGACCUGGCCCAGUUCAUGCUCGAUUUCCCGGCCUCGGUGCUCGAGUUCCUCGAGGGCCUCAUGGGCCAGCCCUACGGCGGAUUCCCCGAACCCCUGCGGUCCCGCGCCCUGCGGAACCGGCGCAAACUGGACCAGCGGCCCGGUCUGUUCCUCGAACCGCUCGAUCUCGCUUCCAUCAAGAACUCCAUCCGCGAGCAAUUCGGCACCGCCACCGAAUGCGACGUCGCCAGUUACGCAAUGUACCCCAAGGUGUUUGAAGAUUACCGCAAGUUCGUCAGCAAGUUCGGCGAUCUCUCCGUCCUCCCCACCCGUUACUUCCUCUCCCGCCCGGAGAUCGGCGAGGAGUUCCACGUCGAGCUCGAAAAGGGUAAAGUCCUUAUCCUCAAGUUGCUCGCUAUCGGACCCCUCUCCGAACAGACCGGCCAGCGCGAAGUCUUCUACGAGGUCAACGGCGAGGUCCGCCAGGUCAGCGUCGAGGAUAAGAAGGCUUCCGUCGAGAACACCGCCCGCGUCAAGGCAGACGUCGGUGAUAGCAGCCAGGUCGGCGCCCCCAUGAGCGGUGUCGUCGUCGAGAUCCGUGUCCAUGAGGGCUCCGAUGUCAAGAAGGGUGAUCCUGUUGCUGUCCUUAGUGCUAUGAAGAUGGAAAUGGUCAUUUCCGCCCCUCACAGCGGCAAGGUGUCCGGUCUGCUCGUCAAGGAAGGCGACUCGGUCGACGGACAAGAUUUGAUCUGCAAGAUUGUUAAGGCUUAAAUGAUUGAUGAUAGUUAAUGAUUUCAGUCCACACCCGCAUGGCAUCCUCCCACAGCUCGUCCUCCCAAAUAUCGACCCUUCCAUCACUUCGCAGCCGGCGAAGCUG